AUGUAUGUUGAUCGGGAACAAAUUGCGAGUAAAUGUAUUUGCUGUAUUAUAAACUUUUUUUUUAUAUUUAUCUUUUGUCUAAAAGAAUUGAAAUGUGGCAUUGAAUCAAAAGUGGAAGCGACCAAGACUCAGCAUGCUCUGUUAAUGAGAGUGAAAAGAAACAGCUUUCGUUGUGGAGAUAAAGAAGACCGGGAGCAACAGAAAUGGGUGAAAACGAGACUGAGCUAG